UUAAAAAAUUACACAGAAGCUAAAAGCUUCACGUUCUCCUCCGUUGUUUUUCUUUCAUGGCCAAACCAGAAAGAAGCAGUUCUUCUCUGGCCAUCCUCCUUCAAGUUUCUUCUUGAAGCUGCUGAAUAAUUUCGCCCGAUUUCGAAAAUUUUCUCCAAGUAAAAAUCGUUUCGUAGUUUCUUCGCUGCUCCCUUCGUUCUGAAUCAAAUCUGAGGAGGAACAAAAAAAAAUGCCGCAUUCUUGUCUGAGAAUCGUCAGAUUCAAAAAUCUCAGCCACAGAUUUCACCGCCGGAUUCUGAUUCUCCGGCGAUUUGGGCGGUUGCUGUGGAAUCGGAUCGUUGCUUGCACUCCCGGAAAGUCCCGUCGCUACCUGUUGCUCUCUCGCCCCUCUCCGUCUCCGAUUCCGUCUCGUCCGCCUCCGGUAACGUCCGCCUCCGUGGACGGAGCGCUGGUGCACCGCCGCGACGAAAACCACCGGAAAUCCGACUCCGAUCUGGUAUCGCUCAAGAUCUGCCUCCUGGGAGAUUCACAGAUCGGGAAAUCCAGCUUUCUGGCGAAGUAUGUCGGCGAUGAGAAAGAGGAGAGAUCACGAGAGAAAGGAAUAAACGUGAUGGACAAGACAUUAUCAAUGGGAGGAGCUCGCAUUUCGUACAGUAUAUGGGAAUUAGAAGGCGACGAAAACACGAGGGCUCAAAUUGCCACGGCUUGCAAAGACUCUGUUGCCAUCCUGUUCAUGUUCGAUCUCACCAGCCGUUGCACGUUAAACAGUGUGAUUAGCUGGUACCAGCAAGCUAGGAAGUGGAAUCAAACGGCGAUUCCAGUUAUGGUAGGAACUAAAUUUGACGAGUUCAUCCAGCUCCCUAUCGAUCUGCAAUGGACAAUCGCCAGCCAGGCUCGAGCGUAUGCCAAGGCGUUGAACGGGACGCUGUUCUUCUCGAGCGCGACGUACAACAUAAACGUGAACAAGAUCUUCAAGUUCGUGACCGCUAAGCUUUUCGACUUGCCAUGGACCUUGGAGCGCAAUCUCACCAUCGGCGAACCUCUCAUCGAUUUCUAGAACGUUUCCGGAAAAUUCGACUGUACUUAUUAACGAAGAAAUCGGCGGCUGGGAUGAUCGGCCGGCCGACCGGCCGAAUUUGAAGCGAGAUGGAUAGAGGAGGAGGCGGAGGAUUCGCCCGCCUCUCCAUUCUUGUCUUAAAAGAUAUAAUAUAACACCCGAAGGAAAAAAAAAAACACAGAGAAAGUUUAUUUCCGGUAUGGUUUAUGAUUGAUAAAUUCAUUUUCUGAGAAAUAAAAAAAAAACAUUAUCGUAAAAGGUUAUGGAAUAAAGAGGUUAUGUAUCAUUGAGAUUGGA